AUGAUGGAGGAGAUCAAUACAGACUCUACCCAACGCUGUUUUUUGUUUUACAGCAGUGCUGACGCGGCUCUUGCUGGUAUCCUGACAGAAGCACAAAUUGCUGCUGGCCUGCAGAGUUGCCAAGCUGCUGAUUCAUUCAAUUACAAAACCUUUUAUAUCAAAGUGGGUCUGAACUCCAAGACCAAAGACCAGCUGUCCAAAGUCUUUGGGAUUCUCGAUCAGGACAGAAGUGGUUUUAUUGAGGAAGAUGAACUGAAACUAUUCCUGCAGAACUUCUCAGCCAGUGGCAGAGCUCUGACUGAUGCUGAGACCAAGGAGUUCCUGGCAGGAGACAGUGAUGGAGAUGGUAGAAUUGGAGGGGAUGAAUUUCAAGCCCUGGUCAAAUCUUAGCAAGCAGUCGAGAGAAAGACCAGGAUACCCACAUAAACAAUCUUUCCUACUGCAAGCCUAUUAUUUAUGUUGUGCCCUGAAGGUCAUGAACAGCUGUUGGCAAGUGAUUUCACUUUGCUGGAAAAUGCAUGUAUUAGUGCAAGCUCAAACCAUGCUCCCCAAUGUCUUAACCAGAAGGACUCCACUGGGAGACCGAAUUGGAAUCCACUCCAUUCAUGUGAAUGUUAAAAUGUUAAGAGGAGAAGUUAAAAUAAUCUCUGCAGGCCAUUUAGUUUUCAUCAUUUGCAUAAACAGCUAGUAUCUGUUGUAAACAACUAGAAUUAAUAAAACAUCUGGGUAUAAGACCCCAUCAUGCUUACUGGUAGCAGUGACACUACGCUUGUAUAUUCAAGACAUGUAUUUAAUGCUCCAUAUGUUUUUAUGCCUUUCUUUAUGCAACUGAUUAUGUUUCACAUGCUACUUAAAUGGCAGGACUUUCUGCUAAACAAGAUGUUAAUUGUAAAAUACGAUUAAAUGGAUCAAAAUGAAUCCAGAUUACUGAACUGGAAUUACAUUCAAAAUCCUCCCUGGAAUAGCUCGCGUUCACGUCCACCCGA